GUUAAAGUAUAUAAGUUACGUAUUUAUUUUUUGUGCACAUCGUGCCUAAAGUUUUAUUAGGGACUGUGUUUUUUUUAAUUUUAAUAAUUAAUUUACUUAUUUUUCGGUAAAAAUGCAUAAAAUUGUGUUAUCGUGCUUUGCAGUACUAUGCUUGGUAAAAAGCAGUCAAGCAAUGAUUCCAGCGUAUUCAGUGUCAGCGCUGCGUUGUUCAUUUGACCAGAUGGCCGAAAUACUACCCGUCGUGAACCAACUGGGCUGUCUUCUUAUACCAUUCCUUAUAAACCUUAUUAACAACCUCAACAACCUAUCCAAUAUCGUGCAGAACCUUACACCAGCUUUAUUACCCUAUUUUGGCUGUACAUUACCUUUACUCUAUGCCACUUUGACCGAUUUGGCAUCCGUUCUGUUUCUGUAUAUAAGUAUAUUGAUUUCUUUGUUUAGAUCUAACGUUUUAGCAGCGCCAGGUCUUUUAAUAGGUCUAGUUAUACAAGUUUUGAACCUAGUUUUGGGUGUUUUAACCGGUUUGACUGACGGGUCUGGUUUGUUGACUGCGUUGAUUAAAUUAAUCAAAAAUGUAUUGAUUGAAUUAGAGAAAUUGUUGCUUUAAGUUGAUUUAUUGUGUUUUUAUUUUUGUAUAAUUGUUGUUUACUUGUAAAAUAAAUGGUUUUGUGCUCUAAUUUGUU